AUGACCCCUGGGAAGGCUCCACAGCAAGCAGGGCAGCAUGAGGAAGCACUGAUGACUGAGCUCUCGGAGCUGGUGCAGAAUGUGGUGAAGAGCAGCAGCUGGUGGGAACGGCAUGGCGUGGACAUCAGCAUCCUUGCCUGCAGCUUCCUCCUGCUCCCAGCAGGGUUCCUGUGUCUGCGGUCAGCCCAGGCCAUCCCCUUCCUGGUGGGUGUCCUCACUCUUGGCGUGGUGCAUCACACCCUGACUGUCAAAGGCAGCCACCUGGCCAGCCACAAUGCCUUAACCGAGUCCAAGUCCUGGGGCAAAGUGUGGGCCAUAUUCUUCAUUGAGCUCUGCUCAGCUUUCACAGCUGAGCAGGCCACCUACAACCACGUGAAGAUGCACCAUGGCUACACCAAUGUCAUUGGCCUGGGGGACUCCAGCACAUGGAAAGUUCCUUUCCUGAAUCGCUACGUCUACAUGUUCAUCGCGCCCCUUGCAGUGCCCAUCUUAACCCCUCUGGUUGCACUUGAUUUGUUGAGGAAUGUGGAGUGGAAAGCAGCUCUCCGGACCCUCUGCUGCAUGUUCCUGGGUUUUUACUGCCAUUACUGGCUGCUGCUCCAUGUCUCAGGCUUCCAGUCACCGUGGUCCGCCCUGCUCUGCAUGCUGCUCACCCGCUCCCUCCUGGCCCAUCCCUACAUCCAUGUCAACAUAUUCCAGCACAUUGGCCUCCCCAUGUUUGCGGCCGAUCGGAAACCCAAGCGGAUCCACCUCAUGAGCCUGGGUGUCCUCAACCUGCCCCGCAACGCCCUCCUCGACUGGUCCUUCGGCCACUCGCUCAUCAGCUGCCAUGUGGAGCAUCACCUCUUCCCCAGCCUCUCUGACAACAUGUGCCUGAAGAUCAAACCCAUUGUCUCCCAGUACCUGAAGCAGAAGAAGCUGCCAUACAACGAGGACACCUAUGCCUCCAGGUUCCGGCUCUUCCUCCAGAGAUACGAGGAGCUGAUGGUCCAUGCUCCCCCCAUAACGGAGCUGGUGGGCAUCCAGUGA